AUGGUGGAAUUAAGUUCAAGUGUUUUUGAUGGUAGCUCGAACAAAUCAUGGAGGCCAAGAAGGUACCAACGAAUCAAUAGUUACAGAAAAAGCGUUAAAACUGUCACGUUUGGAGGUAAAAAGAAGCGGUUUUGGAAGAUUAAAGCCAUUCCACGGCUGCGAUUGAAGAAAUUUUCACCCAUCAGGCUUUAUUUGAAGUUCAAAAAUGCUUAUAUCAAUAUGAUGCUUAGAUUAGGCGGAACUGAAAACGUUUUCGGGUCUAAAAGAAUUCCAAAAAGGGGUCAGGUUUCUAGUGCUUAUUCGAUGGAACAGUUUCAGAAUAGGCUGAUCUAUGAGAUCUCAAAAAACUUGUUCACUGCACGUGAAUUGGCUGCCCUAUGA